AUGUUACAGGCAAACGAAACCACAGUUUCUGUUGUAACAGAGUUUUUCAUCGUGGGUUUCCCUGGACUCCAGCCCAAAUACUACAGUCUGAUGGCAGCGUUUUUGCUCUGCAUCUACAUCGCUGUAAUCACCGGAAACUCUCUCAUUGUGGUCCUGUUUGUGAUUGAACGCAGCCUCCAAAAGCCCAUGUAUAUUAUCAUGCUGAGUUUGUCCUUGUCUGAUAUUGGUUUUUGCACAGUCGCUCUGCCAAAAGUCAUUUCUCGCUAUUGGUUUAAUGACGGUUAUAUUGGCUUCUAUGUUUGUCUGUUUCAAAGGCAACUGAUUCACUAUUUUGGUACCCUGAACUCUCUUAUUAUGAUGAUCAUGGCGCUAGAUCGGUACUUGGUGAUCUGUUACCCACUAAGAUACCCUGUUUUAAUGACUAACCGCACUAUGAGACUUCUAAUAGGGUUUUCCUGGGUUACUGCAAUGAUUGCUCCAACCAUUAGCUUAAUGCAGACAGUGAAACUGCCAUUCUGUGGGCCAAACAUGAUCACUCACUGCUUCUGUGAUGGUACAUAUAUAAACCAGCUGGCCUGUGCUGAUCCCACUCUCACAAAUCUAAAUGCAUAUGCUGUAGCAAUGUUUGUGCUUCUCGUUCCAUUCGCUUCUCAUACCACUACUCCAAAAUGA